AUGUUGGAUAUUAUUCCAGGGUACAGUGUGUCUGGUAUGAUUGCCUCCUUCUUCUUCAUCCUGCUGACCAUGAAGCAAUCAGAUGACUUUAGAGUGAUUGGUCCUGCAAAUCCUAUCCUGGCCAAGGUUGGUGAAGAUGCUCUACUAACCUGUCAACUUGUCUCCAAGAGGACCAUGAUGCACAUGGAGGUGACAUGGUACCGCUUGAAGCCCAGCACCCCUGUGACCUCACACUGGGACAGAUCUGAGAAGACUGAGAUACUGAUAGAGGAGUAUAGAGGCCGGAUGGAAAGAAUAGAAAACAGCACUGCUGAGGGAAUUGUGACUCUUAAGAUACACGAUGUCCAACCAUCUGACAAUGGACAAUACUGGUGCCAUUUCCAGAAGGGGAGCUAUUGUGCAGAGACAAGUUUGCAGCUCAAAGUAGCAGGUGUGGGGUCUGCCCCUAACAUCCACAUGGAGGCGUCUAGGGAAGAUGGAGUCCAGUUUGUGUGCACUGCAAAGGGCUGGUUCCCAGAGCCCCAGGUCUAUUGGGAAGACAUCUUGGGAGAGAAGUUGUUGACUGUCUCUGAACAUCACAUCCCAGAUGAAGAUGGGAUGUUCUAUGUGGAAGACAAACUUGUGGUCAGGAAUUCCUCUGUAGAGACCGUGUCCUGCUAUAUCUACAACCCUGUCCUUGAUGAGGGAAAGGAGGCAGUGAUCACCUUCUCAGAGAAACUCCAGGCAGAACUGGCUUUCUUAAAAGUGAUUGGACCUUCAGAGCCCACCCUUGCCAGAGUGGGAGAAGACAUACAAUUAACCUGUAACCUGUCCCCCAAGACUAAUGCACAGAGCAUGGAGGUGAGGUGGAUCCGAUCCCACUGGUAUCCUGCAGUUUAUGUGUAUAUGGAUGGGGACCAUGUGGCUGGAGAGCAGAUGGCAGAAUACAGAGGGAGGACUGCAUUGCUAAGUGAUGCCAUCCAUGAGGGGAGACUGACCCUGCAGAUACACAAUGCCAGAACUUCAGAUGAUGGGCAGUACUGGUGUCUUUUUGAAAAAGAUGGUGUCUACCAGGAGGCCAGUCUGGAUGUGAAGGUGAUAGCUGUGGGUUCUUCACCACUGAUCACUCUGGAGGAGCAGAAGGAUGAAAAAAUCCAGCUGAUGUGCACUUCAGAUGGAUGGUUCCCACGGCCCCACGUGCAGUGGAAGGACAUGGAAGGACAGACAAUGCUAUCAUUUUCUGAGGCCCUGAGUCAAGGCAGCCAUGGCCUGUUCCACGUGGAGACCUUCCUGUUGGUCGCAAACAGCUCUGAGACAAAUGUGAUUUGUUCUGUCAGCAACCUCCCUCUGGGAGAGGAGAAAACAGCAGCUUUUUCUCUCUCAGCUGUUUCUGAGAUGCACAAGGAUGCAACUCCUGAAUAUUCACGCAGCCGGACAAGAGAACUAAUGCUGAGAAAUGGAGGCCAAGGAGAGGAUGGGAUGGACCCCGCACACAACUGA